AACAGAAAGAAACAACCGGAAGCGUAACAACUCUCAAAAGAAAAAAGAUAAACAAAAAGUGCCAUCUAUCACUUAGAAAGCAAGACGAAUUUUAUGGAACGAGUUAAGAAUUAUUCUCGUAUUUGAAUUUUUUAAAACUCGAAACUAUUGUGGUUAUUUUUCUGUGUCAUAGUCUAACUUCUAAUUAUCUAUUUUUCUCUUUAAAAAUGUUUUCACUCUGAAUGUUAGUGAGUAACUUUUCAAGUGCACGCCUACAAAGUUGUAAUGGAGCAAAAUCAUUAUAUUCAAGAGCUACAUGCGAAAGAUGUUCGUUCUAAAGGAGUAGGAGAUUAUUCCACUGGUUCUGAAUCAAAAUCUAGCUCUUUGAACUCAAAAAUUGAACGAGAUUCUGUGGAAAGCCAGAGUUCUCAAUCUCCCAAAGAGUCUCAUUCGCCUUCAAAAUCAGUCUGUUCCUCUUCAUCAACUUCUUCAGAAAAUAUACCCCUUCAAGAGUUAAAAAAAGCAAAAAGAGAAUCUUGUGUGCCAUAUCGCAGUGACGAACCCCCUCUUCUUCCUGGUGAGAAAAUCCCUGGCAAUUCUCGAGCAAGAGAUGUCACUUACCUUUGCCCUUUUACUGGACCUGUGCGGGGCACACUUUUUGUUACAAACUACAAGUUAUACUUCAAAAGCCUCGAUAGAGGGGAUCCAUCAUUUGUCUUAGAUAUCCCUCUUGGAGUUCUUAGUCGCAUUGAAAAAGUAGGAGGUGCAAGCAGCCGUGGUGAAAAUUCUUAUGGCAUUGAAUUGUUUUGUAAAGAUCGAGGAAAUUUAAGAUUUGCUCAUAAGCAAGAAAAUCAUUCUCGGCGUGAUGUUUUUGAAAAACUCCAACAAUAUGCCUUCCCAAUAUCCAAUAAAUUACCUUUGUUUGCUUUUGAAUAUCAAGGGAAAUAUUCUGUAAAUGGUUGGACUGUUUAUGAACCAAUACAAGAAUAUAAAAGACAGGGCUUACCUACAGAAAGUUGGAAAAUAACAAAAAUAAAUGAACAUUAUGAAUUAUGUGAUACUUAUCCUGCUAUUUUAGCUGUGCCAUCUGCUGCUACAGAUGAUGAUUUGAGAGCAGUAGCAAAUUUUCGAAGCAGAUGUCGUUUACCUGUUUUAUCUUGGAUUCACCCUGAGAGUCAAGCAACUAUAACAAGAUGCAGUCAACCACUUGUUGGUGUCAGCUCAAAACGAUGUAAAGAAGAUGAACGUUACAUUCAAAUGAUAAUGGAUGCUAAUGCUCAGUCACACAAAAUUUUCAUUAUGGAUGCACGACCAAGUGUAAAUGCAGUUGCUAAUAAGGCCAGGGGUGGUGGUUAUGAGAGUGAAGAUGCUUAUCAAAAUGCUGAACUGUUAUUUCUUGAUAUUCAUAAUAUCCAUGUUAUGAGAGAAAGCUUGAGAAAAUUAAAGGAAGUUUGUUUUCCUUCUAUUGAUGAAAACCAUUGGCUAUCAAGUAUUGAAUCAACACAUUGGUUAGAACAUAUUAGGCUUAUUAUGGCUGGGGCAUUUCGUAUUGCAGAUAAACUAGAAAACAACAAAACGUCUGUUGUUGUUCACUGUAGUGAUGGAUGGGAUCGCACUGCUCAACUGACAAGUUUGGCAAUGCUAAUUUUAGAUCCAUACUAUAGAACACUAAAGGGAUUUGAAGUUCUUAUUGAGAAAGAGUGGAUAAGUUUUGGUCAUAAAUUUUCUCAAAGAAUUGGUCAUGGUGAUGAUAAGCAUUCUGAUGCUGAUAGAUCCCCUGUGUUUCUGCAAUUCAUUGAUGCUGUGUGGCAGAUAACCCGCAAAUAUCCCAAUGCAUUUGAGUUCAAUGAAAAUUUCCUCAUAACAAUUUUAGACCAUUUAUACAGCUGUUUAUUUGGUACUUUCCUUUUCAACUCUGAAUGCCAAAGAAUGAAAGAGGAUGUUAAAAAUCGAACUGUGUCUUUAUGGUCUUUCAUAAAUAGUAAUCAAAGUGAUUUCAUCAAUCCUUUAUACACAACACACCAGCAACAACAUAUUCUUUUUGCUGUACCUAGCAUGCGUUGCAUAGAGUUAUGGAAAGGAUAUUAUUGCCGUUGGAAUCCUCGCAUGAGAUUACAGGAGCCUAUUCAUAUCCGAAGCCGAGAACUUCUAGCAGUUAAAGCUCAACUCAUACGUAGAAAAGAUGAACAAAAGAGAGACUUAGAAACAAAGAAUGCACGUAAUAUAUCUUCACCUCCUCAUAUACCUGCUCCAGUUGUUGUCUGAAAAAAAUUCUUGUCAGAAAUCUUCAAGAUAUUUUUCCAAAUACGCUUUGACUAAAAAACACUGCUGUGCUCUUUUGAAGAGCUUUACAUAUAUUUCUAUUUACAAAAUUUUUUAUAGCUAAUAGUUUAGAAUAAUUGAGACUUUUUAAGCAACUAUAUCUAUCAAAUAUAACUGAAUGUAUAUAUUCUUGUUUUUUAAGAUUGUGUUUCUUUAUUUACUAUAAUUACCAUGAUCCUAUUUAUUAUUUAAUAAUAUAAAAUACUAUUAUUAAUGAACUUUCAUUUUUAUAAUGUUUUCGCUUUUUUAAUCACUAUAAGUGUUUUAUGUUUGUUCAUUAUUUAAUUAUUAGCUAUUGUCAUUAUUUUUUUUUGUCAUAUUAAAGUGAUAGUUAAAUAUUCAUUUUUAAAUAAUGUGUUGGGAUUUUUUUAGGCUAUUGCUGGUUUAUUAAAUUUUACAACUUAAUAUAAAUGGUUAUUUAGUGUUUGCUUGAAUCAUUGAUGCCAAGUGAAUGAUCUACAAAAAAUGGUGCUUCCUUAGAAUAUAUAAAUUUCACACAAUUAUGGCUUGCUUGAAAGUGGAAUAAACAGUAUGAUUUUAAAUAUGGAUGCUUUUCCUUUAAUGUCUCUGCAAUUAAAAUGAAUUUAGGAUUUCUCUAUCUGCUAUAAUGUGACUGUUUUUUAAAAUUAUAGGAUAACAUCAUGACAUAGAAUUAAAAACAUGUGUUACCAUUCUAUUUACUCAAGAUUCUCUUAUCUAAUUUUUAAUAAAGCAUACUUUAUCCAUUUUGUUUGACAUUCUAUUAUUUUUUAUGACUCCGUUUUAUGAAGAAGAUACAGCUACCAACUACUGAAGUUUUAUUUCAUAAAUUAAAUUAAAUAAUUUUUUAGGAAGGUGUUUGAUGUCAAUAAGAUGCAUAAAUUAUGAUUCUUAUAAAAAUGCAAGUUAAGUGAACAGUAUGUGAGAUUUGUCCUGAAGUAUGUCUAUGUACACUAAAAUAUAAUAUUAAAGUACUUUUUAUGUUAUCUCUGUCCCUUUUUUAUCUUAAAAUUUAUGUCAGUAAAUAGAUUGUUUAAAAAAUUUUGUUUCUUUGCAAUGCUAUCAAAGCAAUAAAGACAGUAUUUAAAAUUCUUCUCAACUGUUUUGAAAUAGGUUGUCAGAGAUUAAAAUGGUAAAUUAAAAUUGCUACUUAGGAAACUUUAUGUGAUUAUUUAACUUCUUAUCUUUAUCAAUUACAAACAAUAAAAAAUCGUGAUGAUUUUUGAUUGCUUGUAAUUUUUUAUAUUAAUUUUCUUAUUGCUUAUAGUUUUCUUUAUAUAUUGACUUUUCUUAUCACUUUUAAUUUUAUUUAUAUAUCCAUUUUUCUUAUUGCUUGUAAUUUUAUUUAUAUAUUUGUAUGUUACUGUUUUAUGCAAUUAUUUUUAGGUUGUGGUUGCAGUCAGUUUUCAUGUGUGAAAAAACAAUGUGUAUUGACUGACAUAAAUUUUUUAAUGUAUAAUUUAUUUAGAGCUGACGUUUUAUUUUGUCUUACAUUCUAGUGCUCACUUUAAUGGUCAAAGUUUUAAUAAUAUAUCUCUUCUUUGGAUACUUCUUCCUAUAAAAAUUAGUAUAAACAGAAAUUUCUGCUGAAAAGUUCUUUUCGUUAAGUUUUUUAAGCAACUUAUUUUAUAAAGCUUUAAAAAUGUUUUAUUCCAUUAACCAAAUGUUUAAGAAAGUGAUAUUUUAACCAUUCAUCUUGUUUGCUUUUACAGGACCCAGAAUAGGAACUUUUGAAACAUUUUUGUCAAUUCAAAGGCAAUAUAUUUAUAAAAAAUUAUUCCUGGAAAAUAAUACUCUUAUUAGUGUAACUGCUUUUUUUGUUUCUUAUGUUCAUAGUAUUUUAAAGAAAUUAUUGAUGCAUUUUUGCUUAUCAAUUUAAUAAUCGAAUUAUAAUGGAAUUUUUUUUUAAAAAAAUAUGUAUUGCCUUUCAAAUGAAUGAAUUUUAUUUUUGUAUCAGCUAUUUCCCUUAAUCAUAACAAAAGUGCAAAAUAAGCUGAAAUUAAUAAAAUAUGCUUCCACUAAUUAUAUCCACAUCUGUUUUAUCAGUAUUGCUAAAUUUAUACCAGCCUUUACUAUAAAAAUUAUUUAGUGUAUCCAAUUAUAACCUAUUAAAUAUAAAUUAAGGUGCUGGGUCUCUAAAAUUUAUUAACAUUUCAGUUCAUUUAACUUCUCUGUUCUGGAUGUUCUUUCUGUUAAAAAGAUUUAAAUGAUUAGAAGAACCAUUGAAUCAAUAAUAUAUUUUAUUAAAUUAUUUGAAUAAUUAAGAAAAAUUGCAAAAAUCAUAGUAGGUUCUAAAAAUCUUAUUAAAUUAUUGUAAGUUUCAUUUUGAAUUUGGAGGUAACUGGAAAAUAUUAUUUUAGACAAACAAUAUUAUACCUGGCUACAAGUGUGAAUGCAACAUUAUAUUGUGAUUAAUGAUUAAUCACUAGGCUAGUUGAUUAAGAAUUGAAUUAUUGAAGAUAACUGUUGAAGCUGAAGACUUUUUUGUUUAAAUUGUCUAGGUCAUGUUUUCACAAAUUAACUUUCUAGAUCUUUAAAUUUUUGAAAUUAUUUAACUAGUUUGCAGUUUAAACAAGGUCUAACUAAUAAAAAAAUAACAGUCAGAUUUUGAUCACUACGGUUGAUUUAAAGUUACUCUACCUUAAGCUUAAUCUCUCUUUAAAUUGUUUUAUAUCUUUUGAUUCAAUUGUUAUUAUGUGACUUUAUGGUUAACAAAAAUAAAGAUAUGUCAUGUAAUGUGAGUAUUUUUAUUAUUCUUCAACAUAAUAGCUUUAUUUCUUAUUUAAAUUUAUGUUGUAGUAACUAAGUUUACAUAGAUUUAUAUAUGUAUAUUUUCUUAAUGAAACUUUUUUUAUUAUUAAAAGUAACAGCAAAUUUGUUUUUGUGA